CAAUACAAGUGCAUCCUGUCGAUUGCAUCCCAGAGACCACAUUAUUUGAAAGAGACAGAGAGAGAUUAAUUUAUAAAAAUAGAAGAAACCAUGAGAUUCACGACGAAACUUCUGCCCUCUCUUUCGGGUAACUUGGGUGUUCUGCAGUUGAAUAACCCCAAGGCGCUGAAUGCGUUGGCCAUGGACAUGAUAGACUGUUUUUCGGAUACCCUGGACCAAUGGUAUCAUCCCAACAGUCAAGUACGAGCCAUUCUGCUCAAGCCAGCGGAUAAUGAAGAAGCCAAACGCCCCAUUUUCUGUGCGGGUGGUAACGUCAAAGCCAUGUAUGAAUCUCGCAUGGAACAAGAGGGGACGCAUGGACAAGGCGUGGAGGGACUGGCCACGGCCGAUUUCUUUCGCAAAGAAUACAAUAUCAAUUAUCGACUGGCCACUUCCAAGAACAUUCCACAAAUAUCGCUCUGGAAUGGCAUUGUCAUGGGCGGUGGUGCCGGGAUUUCGGUGCAUGGAAAGUAUCGAGUAGCGACCGAACAUUCUCUCUUUGCCAUGCCCGAAACCGCACUGGGAUUAUUCCCCGAUGUGGGAUCCCUCUAUUGGAUGCCACGACUUUUCAAGGGAGGAUUGCCGGCAUAUGUGGCAUUGACGGGACAUCGACUCAAACCAGAAGAUUUAAUGUACACGGGGCUGGCCACCCAUUACGUUCCGUCGGAGUAUUUGGAGGAAUUGGAAAAAGCAUUGGUCGAUGCGUCCGUUGUGGCCAAAACAGCUCAAGAGACAUUUGAUCCGUUUGCCGCAAUUCUCAUGAAAUUCCACGAAAUGACACCGGUGGAUCCAAGUGAUUCCUUCUUGGCCAAACAACGCAAGGUGAUUGAUGAUGUUUUCACCAUUGCUCCCAAAACUACAACAACCAGUGUGGGUGAUGAUAAUGUCAAAAUGGAAGAUAUCAUGGCCAAAUUGGAAACCCUCAAAUCCACACCCAACGAGCAAUUUGCCUGCGAAACACUGGAAACACUGAAAAAGGCAUCCCCCACCAGUCUCAAAAUUACGCUGGAAGGACUGAAACGAGGUGCCGCUGCGUCAUCCUUGGGAGAAGACUUGCAAAUGGAAUUCCGACUCUCGCAGGCGUGCACACGUCGAAAGGAUACCGAUUUUAUGGAAGGUGUACGGGCUCUGUUGGUGGACAAGGAUAAGAAUCCCAAAUGGAAUCCCAGUACGUUGGAAGAAGUGACGGAGGAAAUGGUGGAAAGCUACUUUGGUCCCGUCGAACAAGAAUGGAAGAUUCCUGCACCGACGGAUGCUACAGCGGCAAAGCUGUAGUUCAAACAAAAAUGUGAUUAUUGAUAGUGGGACCAUAAUAACGACAACAAUGCAUCUAUCCGAACAAAAAUGGACGUGACAGCAUUUUGCACAAACUAGCGAUAGAAGCACUGCUGAAGAUGAAUAAAAUAUUGUAGCAACCACCCAUUUUAGUU